GGCGCGACACCGCAUCGCCGUCUUCUUCGCCGGAGCCGAUCGGAGUAGAGCAGUUACAUACUUUUCCGUCGACACCGCAAUCGAACUGUCUCUGUAAACCGUACGUGAUCGCCGGUUGGAGAAACCUCUUGUUUACUGGCAUGUCAACGGUGAUCGUUUCGCGGCGGCGGCGAUGAAACUUCAAACCUUUACUAGAGAUUAUGUAUGCGAGUCAGGUCGAUUUCUGAGCGCGUUUUGAUUACUAUUUUUCAUCAGUCAAUUCUAGAAUCUGAGUAAACUAUUCAUUUGUUCUUUGACUAAAACGUGCUUGCCAUCUCAUGAGAAGAAUGAGUCUGAACUGUAUUAUGAAUAGAGAAUACAUAAAAGAGGAUGACAAUUAGAAACCUGAAGCAUGCAAAUGAAAAGUCUGGAAAGAUUGUUGAUGAGGAAGCCCCUCUUUUACGAGCUGAGGAUGGUGCGAAUGAGUUCAACGGGGCUUCAUUCUCUGGGGCGGUUUUCAAUUUGUCGACGACAAUUGUUGGUGCUGGGAUCAUGUCUUUGCCAGCUGCUCUAAAGGCACUUGGUGUUAUUCCUGGAAUGGCCAUAAUUAUCAUUAUGGCUUUUCUCACAGAGGCCUCAAUAGAGCUGUUGUUGAGGUUCAGCAAAGCAGGGAGGGCAGCUUCGUAUGGCAGUCUUAUGGGGGCUGCCUUUGGAAAAUAUGGCAAGAUUUUGUUGCAAGUUUGUGUUUUAGUCAAUAAUAUUGGUGUAUUAAUUGUAUACAUGAUUAUAAUAGGUGAUGUUCUUUCUGGCACAAAUUCGAGUGGAAUCCAUCAUGCCGGUUUGCUUGAAAAGUGGUUUGGCAUCCAAUGGUGGAAUGGACGUACUUUUGUUCUUCUUGUUGCUACUCUUUUUGUAUUUGCUCCUUUAGCAAGUUUAAAGAGAAUUGAUUCAUUGAGAUAUACUUCUGCAUUAUCAGUUGCUUUGGCAAUCAUAUUCAUUGUGAUUACAGCGGGGAUUACGAUUACUAAGCUUAUAGGCGGAGAGAUUUCGAUGCCUAGAUUCUUUCCCAAAGCUAUUGAUUUUUCAUCUAUCCAGAAUCUCUUCACAGUUGUCCCCAUAUUUGUUACAGCUUAUAUAUGCCACUACAAUGUUCACUCAAUAAAGAAUGAACUUGAAGACGAUACAAAGAUAAGAGCGGUUAUACAAACAUCUUUGGGUCUAUGUUCAAUUGUUUAUUUGAUGACUAGUCUGUUCGGUUUCCUCCUGUUUGGAGAGGCCAUUCUUGAUGAUGUGCUGGCCAACUUUGAUGAGGAUCUUGGGAUUGCUUUCAGUUCGUUCUUGAGCGAUACUGUCCGUGUUAGUUAUGCAGCACAUCUUAUGCUGGUCUUCCCUGUUGUUUUCUUUCCAUUGCGGUUAAGUCUGGAUGGUCUUAUAUUUCCUUCUUCAAGGCCUUUGGCGAUGGACAACUUAAGAUUCGGUCUGAUUAGUUUGGGACUGCUUAUUGUGAUUUUCCUUGGUGCAAAUUUCAUUCCUAGUAUAUGGGUUGCAUUUCAGUUCACUGGAGCCACUGCUGCAGUUUUAAUUGGCUUCAUUUUUCCUGCCGCCAUCACGCUGAGGGAUUGUUAUGGGAUUGCAAGCAAGAAAGACAAGAUCUUGUCUAUUUUCAUGAUUGCACUGGCGGUGCUUUCCAACGCGUUGGCCAUCUAUAGCGAUGUCUGUGCGCUGUUCGUAAAGAAAGCAGCAUCCAUCAAUUGAUGAGUGUUUGUAAUUGCUCGGCGACAUUUCCAGAUUUCAAAUUGAAUAAAGGUAAUUGCUCUAUUGCACUUUUAUAAGAGAAUGAGG